AUGAAAUAUAGUGAUAAACAAGCACUAACGUACUCGCAGACUGGCAAUAACAUAAAAACAAAUCAUGUCACAGGGGCCUACACCCACCUCGACGGUGGACACAGCACAGCUGUGAUAGACUUGGCCGUAACGCUUCGAUUAUUUGCUGAAUUAACACCUUUGCAGAGAUUCAAGAUUCAGCAAGCAUGUAGCUCUUUCGAUUGUGGAGAACGCAGCAUCAGGGUGACACAAUUUGCUUUGAACACUGCUCUUGUACUUCCCUUAUUAACAGCUCUUUUAACAGGGAAACAUGGAUCAGCAAAGUUAGACCUUAUCGCUAUUAAGCAAAGGAGAUGGGAAACAUCCUACACAACAUCGGAUUCGUUGCGUUAUAUACUGGAAUCCAAGGAACUUCGUGCGCGGCAUAUCGAGGAAAAGAGAGAGUUGUAUUCGUGGUCAGACCAACUACUCGUCGCCCAUGAAUGGUAUGAAAUCUUGAUAGGGGCGGACGAAGCUGAAGAAAUCGACAGAGUCAUGUUUUUGAACGAGUUAGAAGAAACGGUGGUCCAGGUGCCCACACGACCUGGGGAGCUUGGUUACCCAGAACCGAAGCAGGUCCUAGGAAAAUACAAACAGGACACAAUAGGGUCAAUCCUGGACAGAUUUCGCAUAGGAUACAACGCUCUCCUACACGACGAAGCCAAGGAAACCUAUGAGGUGGAACAAGAAAUUAAGAGGGGCAACGAAAGCGAGUGUCGUCUACUCCAGGAAAUGUAUGGCGCCCUCACAGGACUAGAAACGGAGCUGCAGUGCCAACGGGAGGCCCGGGAGUGGUCUCAGGAAAACUUUCAACUGGGACAUGCAGCAGCUCAGGGCGUCGAUCGGCGACUUUCGAGAGGAAGUAAUGCGUCAAAGGCAUGA